AAAUCAGGUGAAUUUGAAGGAGGGGUGACUCACUGUGAGAGAAUUAACUCUUACAGUAAUUAUCACGUGUGUUUCCCUGUUGUGACUGCUCUUAUUUGUAUUUCCUGUUUGUUUUCCCAACACAACAAACAUCUCUCUCCCACUCACUCCCCGUCUGGCGCGCGCGGUCGGCAGCGCCACAGAGAGGACGCGAGGGCACAGGCGCGCGCGGUCGCAGCUCGAGCCCUUUUAUUGACACGUCGCUCCGUCGAAUCACAUCAAAGGGAACCGCCUUGAAACCGCAGCCCAGCUAAUUGUGGCGCGCGGGAGGCGGCCUGUAUGCUAAUGUGUUGGCAGGGGAGACGCAGCGGUUCAUUCAUCUUCUUCCAGAGAGAGAGGUGAGUUAACGCGAAGGUUAUUGUACAUGAGGGAGGAACUGCUCGGGACCCAAACACUGCCGCGGCAAUAGCUGAAAGUCAAAGAAGAGGCUUUUGGUUUAGGAGCUUAUUCUUCCUGCACACAUUACAGGAGAGGUGAAGCAUCAUGGGGAAACACAACAGUAAGCUGGCUCCGGAGGUUCUGGAUGACCUGACCAAGAACACCGAAUUCAACGAGGCAGAGCUCAAGCAGUGGUACAAAGGCUUCCUCAAAGACUGUCCCUCUGGCAUCCUCAACCUGGAGGAGUUUCAGCAGCUCUAUGUUAAGUUCUUCCCUUACGGUGAUGCCUCAAAGUUUGCUCAGCACGCGUUUCGGACGUUUGAUAAGAACGGUGACGGGACCAUCGACUUCAGGGAGUUCAUCUGCGCCCUGUCCAUCACCUCCAGGGGCAGCUUCGAGCAGAAACUCAACUGGGCCUUCAACAUGUAUGAUCUGGAUGGGGAUGGAAAGAUCACACGCAUGGAGAUGUUGGAGAUCAUUGAGGCCAUCUACAAGAUGGUCGGCACUGUAAUCAUGAUGCGUAUGAACGAGGACGGGCUGACCCCACAGCAGCGCGUGGACAAGAUCUUCUCCAAGAUGGACAAGGACCACAAUGACGAGAUCACCCUGGAAGAGUUUAAAGAGGCCGCCAAGUCUGACCCCUCCAUCGUGCUACUGCUGCAGUGUGACAUGCAGAAGUAGAGAGAGGGAUGAGUGGAGAAACAGAGGGAGGGAGGGGAGGGAUGGGAGAAGAGCUGAACUGAAACAAGAGAGGGAAGGAGGAUGAGAGAAGAGAGAGGCUGGGGGAGACAGGGAGGGACGCAGUUUGGGGAGGAGGAGGAGGAAGAGGAGGAGGAGGUAGGGUAGCUUUAUUCCUUUUUUUGAGGCAGUGAUGACAGGCAGAGAGCCAUGUUUAGAACACAGUGGACCCCUGAUUGAUGCCAUUCUCUUCUUCCAGGCUGUCCUGCUGUGCAGUGCACUCCUGCAGCACUUAUGCCUCAGUGUAGCUGGGUGUCCUUACAAAUCCACUCUGAUGAUUUUUGAAAAGAGGAAAUUCCCCCAGCACCCUGCAGCCUGAUAUACUGCGGGGUGAUUUAAGUGCAGAGGUUACUUGCACCUUUGUCCUAUUUCUACCAACUUUUUCCUUUGUAUGAUAGUGAAUAGCUUGCCCAACCUUAUCAAAGUCUUAAACGCCAAAGAUAUGAUAACAAAGCAGUUUGUUUUCGAAUUAUGUAAAUGAACAUGGAUUUAAAUGGCCAUGAAAAAAUAUGCUCAUUUGUUUUCUGUCUGGGUUAGAUAAGAGGAUUAAUACCGCUAUCAUAUUUGUAAAAUGCAAAGCUACAGUCACAAGACGAUUAGCUUGGCUUAGCAUUAAGAAAACAGGGAAGCCAGUUAUCCCAGUUCUGUUCAGGAGUAAAGAAGUCUGCCCAUACACAUCUUGAAAUGCCACUAACGUGUUAUAUAUUGUUCCUGGAGGUUUUGUGGAGUCCUUGCUGGUUUCCGGCAAAGCCACGAUGACAUCUGGACUUUGGAAAGUCAGUGCUUACGGCCAAGAAACAGUCUGACUUACAACCAGUUCGUUCUCUUCCCCAGGCGGUCAAAUACGGACACUUUGUCACACCCCUCUGUGUGUGAUAACGUUGACCAUUUAAGCACCCUUUAGCAUCUUUAUGAGACUCACUGGGCUUUUAACUAACUCCAGUGUAAACCCAUCUGUGAUGAUACCUGAGACUGAGAGAAACUGAUGUAGUAUAAAGCAUGAGAAAGUCUGUGUCGGGCAAGAGGGAGGAAAGUCUAUGUUAAGUAUUUUUUUAAGGUGUUGAUUUAUGUAACAAACGUACUUAUUCAAUCCAAGACAUGAUCUUUCUUCUAAAUCUAUCAAAAAAUAGUUUUUGCCUGAACCUAAACACGACCAUUUCACAUUAACCACGUGUUAACAAUGUGUUUUCGCUGUGCGACACAUAGAGACGCUAAAGGGUGCCCUGUGCGUCCGUAUGAGACGCUGAGGGGCAAAGCAUCUUAAUUUGACAUUCUGGGAAUGAGAACGAGUUGUUUAGCCCCUGGUGUAACUGCAACUUGUUGCUUUUACGCUUCAGAUUUUUGCUUAACUUCUGGACAGAGCUAGGCUGGCGGUUUCCUCUUUUCCAGUGUUGAUCCUAUGCUAAGCUAAUCAUCUCCUGGUUCCAGCGUUAUACUUAACCACACAGACAUGAGAGUGAACUACUCAUCUAAUUCUUGUCAGGAAAGCAAACAAACAUAUUUCCUGAAAUGUCAGAUUAGUGUGAAUUCCAGCACUCAUAAUGCCAGUGUCACACUGCACAGCCAGUGUUGGGUGCUGUGCACCAUGGGAUAGUUUGAAAGAAAGGAAUGGCAUUAGAACAACAAAGGGCCUGUUGUUCGGCCCAUCAAGAGCCACAAGACAAAAGCAAACGUUCUGCUGAUAGAGGGAGAAUUAUGUAAAUGAACAAUAGCGUGAGCUGUGCGUGAGCUUGUGUUAUGGUGUUCAUAUGUGUGUAAACAAGUGAGAGUGUGUGUGUGGAUAUUUUAGGAGCAAAGUACACUUCAUGAGCCCAGAUCAAACUGCCCCCUCCGCUUGUGUGUGUGUCUGUGUGUGUGCUGUUGCAUUAAUUUGUUCUUCAGCAGCCAAAUCCACAGCCAGUUGGAUGGCACUUGAAGAAAAGUAUUUCCCGAUAGAUUACAGCACGGUGUCCGCACGCUUUGCCCUCUGAGUGUGAGGCAGACAGGUGAUGAAUGUCUCAGACGGCUGCCUCCAGCAGCAUGGCGAAGCAUACUGAUGUGCUGCUCAGUGACUUCUGGCUGCGCCUAAAGCUUUUCCACACGCACCGACAAAAUCAAUAUUUUAUCAAAAUGAUUACAUGUGUUUUAUUAAAAGGACAUGUAAUUAGGUUAGAAUUAAGCCUCGUCCUCCACAUAAUCUAAUCUGGGCUUUGUCCAGCAGUGAACGUGUUCUCUUUAUUUGAAUGUCAGCUAUAGUUCCAGUGUGCUGAGGCAACAGGAAAUUAACAUGUGACAUUCAACUUCACUUUACUUAUAUUAUAAAAUAUCAACUUGACGUCAGCUUGUUAUGAUUAAAGUCACUGUGAGUAAUUUUUUUUUAUGUAAUUACAGUAUCUUCUGAUCUGUGUUGUUUUCAGUGCAAUGCAGUGCUCUCCCUGUGUUUCUUUAGUAACACCUGAGGGCACAAAAGUUGAAAAUUUAUAAAUUUAACACACUGUGGUUGAAACUUGGUUUCAAAUCUAAAAGUCCCCCCGCUCUCAAACGUGUUUUUCAGACGUAAAUGUCCACUAAAAUGCCUGAUCUUGCCUAUGUUGACCUUUAUCUGUGCAGCGUAUUCUCAUAGAACGGUUCGUCUGACAUCCUAUAAAUCAGCGCCCCAUGAAUGACUUUACAUUCUUAACGUAAAGUUAGGGAAUAAACAUACUUAGGACGUACCUUAAAAUGACUCAAAGUUCCGAACACCCAUCUCCUGGGGAAAGUCCUGUGUUUUGUGACCCAUCCACCACCCCAACCUAUCGCCUUACAAGCAACAUCUUCCUCCUUAACUCCUGUCAGUGCGUUGGUCACGUGAUCACAGCCUUCCAAAAUACAGCAGUUAUGCACGAAUAACUGGCUCAUGAUAACGUCGGACUGUACUAAUGUGGGUGCAUUACUUAUCAUAGGAGAACUUUCAAACAGUUUAUGAGAACAGCCUGAUGAGUGCAAAGUUAGUUAGUUCCGCAUUCCUCUACUGUCUAUGCACUUCCCAAAAAUCUAAGAUUCACACAUAUGCUAACUAGAUUAGGUACCUCGCUAAUACAAAAGCCAGUCGCUGUCUAAUACGAGAAACGUAUAUCGAUGGGGAACAGACUUUGAUACAACACCGGCAAGUUUGUUUUGACAGCAAACAUUAUAGAGGGUGCAGUUUUUGGAUGCUAACCGGAUCAAUGUGAACACACUGUAACAUCGUAGCAGAUGUUAUUAUUGUAUGUUUCACAUCCAAAAACGCUGUGUCAGCCACUGCCAGUUAGCUUACAAGCUAACAGACAACAAACAGGUAAAAGUUGCUAACUAUACUUCCCAAUCUAGUGCAUCUGCUCAUCGUAGAUUUUCUUGCACAGGAGACUCUACAUCUGGGUCUGACUGAGGCUCGAACAUGUAUGGUUGAAUCUGUCUGAUGUUUCCCCAACACUAACGCUAGCCAUUGUGAAUGGAAAGCCUGUUCUUAUUUCUAGGGUGUCAAAUGCCCGCUCUUUGUCACACCCAUCGGUGUGCGAUAUUGACGCCAAAGGCAACCUUUAGCAUUUUUAAGAGACACACCAGGCCUUCAAUUAACGUGGCAACACUUUACACUCAGAGACCACAAUUCCACAAUGUUCUAACUUAGGCCAUGUUUACACGGAAACGAUCCACGGGAAACAGAAUCGUUUCGCAUUUUCGUUUUGAAAAAAGUUCCACGUUUAGACGACAACGUUUUGAUAACAAUCGCUGUGCACAUGGAUCCGCAAAAAUGACCAAAAACGCUGCAAUACACAUGCCAGGCCAGUAGUUGGUGGUGUGGCACUUACGCUUUCAUCUACAGAGCGGCGAUGUAUAAACAAACAAAAUGGCAACCGCACGAACGUUUGUCUGGACGGACGAUGAGGUGGAGUUGCUACAGUAAAUCUACACUAUGAUGGGGAAGCGUUGAUAAAUUCAAUAGGGUCAGCAGCAUAAGCAGAGUUUAGGAGUCCGCCAUUGUUGUUGUGAUGGUCGACUUUGGUGACUGGAAGCGUAAUGCGCAUGUGCGAAAAGUCUCCGUUUUCAGAGGAACCGCAUAUUGCAAGUUUACAUGACAACGGAGAUGGUGCUGUUUCCAAAGAAUUUCACUCUGGAACCCGUUUUCAAAAUGUUGCAUUUUCAGGUACCCAAAACGCUGCUGCCGCGUAAACGAUCAGCCCAAAUGCAACUAAAGUUUACCGUUUUCAGUUGAAAUCGUAUAAACGGGACCUUAAAUUACGCCACCUAUGACUUAUGAACUUACUAACCUUUGUCCCAUGUAAAACCAAGCCAUUGUUAUAUUAACCUAACAUUUGAGUUUAUAUGUUUUAAAACGUGUCUUGAGGGGACAUUUAAGAACUUCUUUAUAUAAGUUCAGUUGAUUUUCAUGACUAAAUAAGCCAGUGUUGAAGUUUAGAAAAUAACAUCCUUACGUUUUCUAAAGACUUAAACAUCCAAACUCUGAAACAUCCUGCUUCAUCAGGAGUGUGUGGGUGUGAUUUGAUCAAAUUUGACAGACAGUGACCUGGCAAGAUAAGAAAACAACACCCACAACUGUCACCAUAUUCUGAUUCAAAUGUCGCUAAUCUGUUAUUGGCGUACAGAAGAGACUUCACCUUUUUCAAACAGUGAGCUACCCACUCCAAAACACUGAGGAGAGCAUUAUGAAAACAGCACAGACAGAAAUCUCUCAGUAGAAAUAACAAACUUUUGUAACUUGGUAGGUUUUCAAUGCCUUCAAUGUUUUAGAGAAGUAACCUGUGUAAUUAAAUAUCACUAAUAUGAUUUGAUAACAAUGCAAUAACUUAUUCUUAGGAGUUGUUUGAUCAGUAGUAAUUAUUAGAUUAAGUUCAUUAGCUGUAAUAGAUCAUAGGUAAUUAAUAUUUUAAGUAAUUAUUUCAUUAACAGGUUUAAUUAUAGUGGAGACUUUAAGUGCAUUUUAAUGAGAUCUUACACUGCUACAUUAUUACAGUUGCUAUUUGUGCAUUGGAUAAAUUUAAAUUGUGUCUGCACCUAAAAAAGAAUAAUCAGCUUUGUGUUUACCAGCUAACUCAGAAUAAUUUUAAACGUGAUCUCGCUCCUCUAAGACCAGCAAUUUGAGCUCCAGAAGGAGCCACUAGAACAGUGUGGAGUGGGCAUAAUCAGGACAGUAAUUGCAGACCGUAUGACACAAACGGUAUUUCUCAGAAAGGCCAAACCUGCCUCUGUGAUUCAUUGUUGUUUCACAUGAAAAGCUGAAAUAGCUAUCUCUCCUCUUCCUCUCCCACUGUCCUGCUCUCCCCCCUUUUUGUCUUCUUCCUCCCUAAAUGUCAGAGAGGAAGUGCUUUGAUUAUAGGUGGAGGGAGAGGAACUUUGCUGAACUCAGCUCAGAUCUAAAAUCAAUUUGAAAAAGAGCAAAAGGUUGACGAGGAGGCCUGGAUGCUGUGUGUGUGUGCACGUGCUUACCUGUUUGUGAAUGUUAAUGAUGGCAGAUAGCUGGAAAAUGUAAUGCUGUCAGUAAUUACCAGCUUGCAGUUUGUAAUCAUGUAUUCCAUUGGAUUAUUUUAAAACAUCGGGGCAAACAAGGGGUCAGCCACAGGAUUUCUCUAAACGGAUUAUUUAAAUAUUGCCCUUUGUUUAGAUGCUAAUUUUAUGUCAUCUUUAGAGUUGGAUGAGAGACCACUCUGAUAUCCGUCACAAAGACUGAAAGAGGGCAACAUGCAAGCAGGGACACUACAACCCAUUCACCAGAAUGAAUACUGGUAUUGUACAUUUCUUCAAAUCAUGGAUAUGUAACAUUUGUAUGAUGUUAUGCAGCGGUUACAUGGUUGUGUUUAGGCAUAAAAAAACACUUGGUUAUGUUUGGGAAAAGAUCAUGUUUUGACUUAUGAAUACCUGGUUUUGUUGCCACAGUCACGCUGGAAAUGCACCCACUUUCGGUGGCACUAACGCAGCUGGAAAUGCAGCAAUGACUCAUUAAAAACAGCCUGUGUUGUGGGACAAAUGCCUUGAAAUGCAGUGACUUACUGAUAAAACACCUGAUUGUGGUGGGACCAACACGGCUUGAAAUGCAACCAUGUUUUGCUAAAAAUAAAAGGCUGCUUCAGUGGCAUAGUCACUGCUGGAAAUGCUGCUGAUAUCUGGCUAAAAAGCUGUUUUUUUGUGGCACAAUCACAGCUUGAAAUGUAGCGGUGUCUCACUGAAAACAGCUGGUUUUGUUGCCACAGUCACGCUGGAAAUGCAGCGAUGUCUCACUACAAAACAACCAAUUUUGGUGGCACUAAUGCAGCUGGAAAUGCGGCAAAGACUCAUUAAACACAGCCUGUGUUAUGGAACAAACGCGGCUUGAAAUGCAACCAUGUUUUGCUAAAAAUAAAAGGCUGUUUCAGUGGCACAGUCGCUGCUGGAAAUGCUGCUGAUAUCUGGCUAAAAAGCAAUUUUUUUGUGGCAUGAUCACUGCUUGAAAUGCAGUGGUAUCUCACUAAAAAGAAAACUGAUUUUGGUGGCAAAGUCGCCACCUGAAAGGCGGUGGUGUCAGCUGGUUUGGAGUCACAAUUUCUUUUUUAAAUGCAGUGGUGUCUGGCUAAGAAAUAGCUGGUUUUGGUCGCACAAUUUCUGUUCAAAAUGCAGCAGUGUCUCAUAGUACAACAGCCAGUUUUGUUGUUGGGCUGGAACAGUGGUCUGCAUCUUGGCAGGCAUCUCGCUGAGGUGUCAUGCCAUCCACCAUCCCCUCAACCCCCAAACGUACAAAUGUAACGUAUGUGUGGUUUGCAGAUAACUUUUACAAUGCCAACAUUUCUUAUGGUGACUGUGUUGGAAACUGGAAAGAGGCAGUGAAGCACCUUUCUUGUGCAUAAGCAUUUAGCACCUCUGUCAGCAUUUAGAGAAGUCAAUACAUUAUUUCAUACUUUAAGGUGAGUUAACUCAGUAAAGAACUACUCAACUUUAAAAAACACUUUUUCAUGUAUCUCACAAGUCCCGUAUUAACAACUCUGACUCUUGGGUCAGUUUUUUCUUGUGGAUCAGUUAAAAAAUAUCUUGACUUUCUGACAUCUCUGCAUUGCAGCAAAAAAAAAUGACUUCCCUUUUGUUAGCAAAUCAGAUUAAUCUCCUCCUUCUCACCCAGCCAAUGAACAUGCUCCCUCCCUCAAGCGAAAGAGUGAGCCUCCUUUGUGCGAUAAUGUAAUGAUAAACUACAUGUACAUUAAGAUACGACUGUAAUCGUAUUUAUGAAUAUAAACAAGUAUAAUAUGUAAAUGUAAAUGUACCACUAGCUUAGACCUAAUUUCAUAUGAUGACACAGCUACUGUGUGUGAGUGUGUGUGUGUCUGUGUGUAUGAGAGAGAGUGUGUGAUAAAGUGAGUGUGAGUAAUACCUGUGAGUGCUUGUGAAAGCUCAGUGUGCGCUGUAUGUCGGGACACUUUUGCGAGUGUUCGCAUGUGUUUUGUAUUUGUAUCAUUUGUGUAACAAGAGAUGCCUCAGUCUAGUUUAACUUUGUAAAGACCUGAGUGUAAACCCUCACACUGAAGCACUGAGUAUUAUUGCCCACACCUACACUUGCUUUUGUGCUCCGCUGGUAUACGGUUUGUACUGUCUCCAAUAUGGGACGUGUCGUUUCGUUUGCUGUAGCCUACUGUUGCAGUUCAACAAGUAAUACUCUCAUAGAUAUUAGGUUUAACCAUAUGACUGAGAUGACAGGAAGGGGAGGGGGGCUGUUGGCAGGGGAAGCCUGAGGUGUAUGGAGAGGGGUGCCAGUGAUAAAUAAAAAACUGUACUGUGUCACAGUGUCACCCAGUGGUUGGAGGUAUAAUGUCACGCCUCACAACAACUCCGCAACUGUACAGCUUUGUUUACUCUGACAUUGUAGCUGACAACAUUAUAUGAUGCAAACAACUUGAUGAGUCCUUGUUCAGUGUUACAGUCACAAGUGCACACAUCUGUGGGUGAAGUUAGAUAAUGUCACCUUUUUUCAGGGUAAAUCUGAUUGGAUUUUUUAAAUUAUAACCCAAUAUAAAUGAAAGAGGCUUAGCCUUUUCAGAAAUGUAAUUGAAUUUAUGUGAUAAAGAUCUCUUAUGUGAAAGUACAAUUAAGCAAAGUGUGGAAGUAAAAAACAAAAGGCACCAGUGUGUUUGACAUCUUGGACCCCCUUUACAUCUAGCAUUAAAAUACAGUUAGUAUCCAGAUCUAGAUCCAUUUCACCCAACUAUGAUUUAACCCGAUUACAUAUGGUAUUAAUAUGUGUCUCCAGUGUCCACAUUGAGAUCUGAUCACUCUGUCCAGCUCAAACAACCAAAUGGUUGAGGCUGUUCUCCAUUAUUUACUUAGCCAUCGCUUUAUAAAGGGCUCAGUUGGGAUAUGAAUUGUCCAAUGUAUCCUAAUACAACAGUUUGUGUGAUAUCCUACGAAUUAGCACCCCACGAAUGACGUGACAGCCAUAUAGUAAAGCUAUGUAUUUAACGCAAAGUUACGGAGCAUAGAUUUAGAGAAAGAAACAUGGCGAGGACACAGUUUAGAAUGACUUAAAGUUCACAGAAGGUUGACACGGUUCCCAACACCUGUCUCCUGGGCAAAGUCCUAUGUUUUGUGACCAUCUGCCACCCCAACCUGCCUCCUUACGGGGGCACUUCGUUCUUCACUUCCAUCACUGCAUUGAUCAUGUAAUCCCAGCCUUCCCAAAUACUUGGAUGUACACAAAUUACUGGCUUGUGAUUAUGUGGGAUAUUUACGAAUUUGGGUGCAUUGCUGUUGGUAGGAAAAUGUACUAACUAAGUGCAUGAGAACAGCCGGACGCCUCGUUUCCACUUACAGGGAGAUGAGUCAACCUGAGGUCCAUUCAUUCCUAUGGGAAUCUGUGAAACUCCUCCCCUCUGUACUAUUUCGGUCUGAAAUUUGCCUCGAUCGCGUUCAAAAAUUUUUACUUUUGUGGUGGACUUUGGAGAGACCAGAUGACAGUGUGCUAGCUUAGCUAACAGGCUGCUAACUAGCUAACAGGCUAUUUCUUUCAAUUCAGUUGCCUGUUUUGAUCAUGAAGUGAGUUUGUUUGAUUAAAAAGAACUCAUUGAACACACUGUGAAUCUGAAUAACGUUACUCUGCUAAAAUAUGGUUUAAAUUAUACACAAUCAGAUUGUCAUUAUGACUCAUUCAGCCGCUCAUACGUCUUUUUAAUUAGCCUCUCCCCCAUGGCUACAGGUAGUUUCUAGCAGGUUUCUGUUCAUCUGUUAAUAAAUUCCCUUCCUUGUGUUGGACACUAGAGGCAUUAUCCUUUUAUGUACUGGUCAAAGGACACCAGUCACAUAUGUAAGUGGAAAUGCGGUGUGAAUCGCCAAGUUUUGCUAGGACCAAACUGGACUAAACUAAUAACGGCUGCUUCUAGCUCGUUGAUUGGAAACAGUCUGGCACGAUUACGCACCCCAGCCCACAAAGUUAGAAGUUACAUCUGCAGUUACACUUGUGUUCAAUUUGGUCACAGUGCGUCUCUGAGCACCUGUAGACGUGGUUUCCGAUCGGAUCACAAUCUGCCCUCUGUGUGUUGCAUUUCCACUUUCCACAUCACCCAAACACAUUUUAAUCCAAGGUGUAAAUGGGGUCUUUGUCACUUACAGCAAACUGUUUCGUGCAGAUUUUAUUAUGUUAUUGGGUGAAUCCUGAUAUUUAAAGCUGCACUAAUAAUAUCUUUCCUAGUAACAAUUCAUCAAAUGACUACAUGUGAGAAAGCUGCAUAGAAUUAUCACCCAACCUUGCAGUUCUUCUCAGCUGCUUCUUCCGGCCACAACAGACUGCUGUCAGUGGGAAAGCUGUAAUAAACCCACUACCUGCCAGAUGCACAAUGGUGGCAGCUAGGUACUCAACGUAGUGGAGAAUUUAGCAGUUGAAGAGCCCUGAAUGCCCUCAGGAGUUGGUGGAGACCAAAACAGAGGUAAAAGGAGAGUCGAAUUUGAUUAUAUUUGUUGAAGGGUGAGAAGUGAAUCUAGGUGAAUCUACAAUUCUAUUCACCAUAAAAAAUGUAGAAUGUGAUAAAAGCCAAAACUUAUUUUUGUUUUUUUCUGCAGACCCCAACAUAAAAAAAGUAUUAAUGCAGCUUGGGCUUUGCUUACAUUGUCACUUUGUUCACGUUAGAUUAUCUCAUUCCACUGGCAGAUGUUGGGCGCCUAUUUCAAGAAAAACAAGUUUACGGUCGACAUAACCUGAAUGAAGGUCUUGCAAAUUGUUUGCAGUGUACAGACAGUCACCCAUGCAGCCUCACGUGUCUUGUUUUGACUCACUGUGUUACCGUCAAAGGCUUGAUUAAUCAUCCUAUUUUACACUGAGCGGUAUGCAGUAAAACACUUUGAUUAGAAGAUUGGCUAACAAAGUGGCUCCACAAUGUGUUGAUCUCCGCACUCCUCCGCUGAUUAGAUUCUGUCCAUCCUAAUUAGCAGCGGGUUAGAGUGAGAGAGACACUUUGACUUUCCUCCCCUAAGAUCGCAGACACAAAUGAGUUUUGUUUUGCUGCUUUGAUUGCCAUCUGAUGUUCGUCUGAUUCAAAACUACUUUGACAAAAUUCAAUAUUUACUCUGUAGAUUUUAUGUGCCAAAGAUGGGGAUGAUGUUGCGAGAGGGAACUGAAAUAUUAUUGCUGUGGUUGCAUCAGGUGGAGUUUAACAUGAAGUGAUGCUUCAUGUGAUGCAGCUCAUCGGUUCUCAGAGAGCUGUGGACGGAUGCAGUGAGCUGUGACGUGAAAAUGAACGCGGAUAUUCUACUUUUACUUUGACAGGGGAUCAUUUGUGCUCGGUUGUGCAAUAUAAUUCUAUUCUUUAACAUUUCUCUAUGAUGUUUCUGUAAAUGUCAAUCUGUCCCGUCUGAUGAUUUUGUUUUUUUCUUUUUGUUUUCAAUAUUGUUAGGCUCCUAGAACAAAGACAUUGUAAUUAUUUUUGUUACAUAGAAUAAAACACAUGGAUGUCGA